AUGUCCCCCCACCACCACCCCUCCCCCUCGCCGCCCCUCCUGGCCCUCCUCACCCUCCUCCUCUGCCCCCCGGCCCAUCCCCACUGCCACCGCGCCGUGGGGCGGGCCUGCGACGUCCCCCUGGUCCCCGGCACCGACAUCUUGGGCUUGGGGCUGGACGUCACCACCUUGUCCCCAACGGAGGGACAAGCCCUGGACAUCUCGGGACCCCCCAGGACCCCCAAGGGACCGUGCGUUAUCUGCCGGGACCCCUUACACGGUGGUCGCCCCCUCCGGCUCCCCGCGGGGGCCGGGAAGUGGCGGGCGGGUCGGAAGUGCAAGGCGAGGACCACGGUGGCCGAGGGGACGUCGGCGGUGGGGACGAUGGCGGCCAAGGCGGAGGAGGUGGCCCAGGGGUGGCGGGUGGGGUUGGGGCUGGCGGUGAAGCCGGGGGUCGGGGGGGCCGUGGCGGUGGCCGGGUCCCACUCGCGGGUGGCCGAGUUCGGGAUGCAGCGGCAGCGGGAGGACCGCUACGGCUUCGCCAGCACCGAGGUGCACUGCGUGCACUACUGGAUCUCGGCCUCCACCCCUCCCCAUCCUUCCCCCCACUUCCUGCGAGCCGUGAAGGCAUUGCCCCCCCGCUUCACCCCGGACACCGCCGCCGACUACAGCGAGCUCCUGGCCGCCUACGGCACCCACUACAUCCAGUCGGCCCAACUGGGGGGCCACCUGCGCGCCGUCACCGCCAUCCGCACCUGCCGGGCCACCGUGGCGGGGCUGAGCGCCCAGGAAGUGGCUGACUGCUUGAAGGUGGAAAUGGCCGCCAACGCCAUCCCCGUCCAGCUCCAAGCCAUGAGGACCGCCUGCAAGAAAGCCCGGGCAAGCAACCGAGCCAACGCCAGCUUCAACGAGGUCUUCAACGAGCGCUUGGUGGAGGUGGAAGGCGGCGAGGAGCACGGCGACCUAGUCUACGGUAGGCCCGAGGCCUUCUCAAGAUGGCUGCAGGGCCUGCCCCGCCUCCCCGGCCUGGUGGCGGCCAACGUCCGGCCUCUCCACACCCUCGUGCCCAAAUCCGACAGGCGGCGCGGGGCGUUACGGGCGGCCAUCGGGCACUACAUCGCCUGGCGGGCCUUGCGGCUCAACUGCAGCCAGACCUGCGCCGGCGGCCGCCAUCCUGUGGGCCCCUGCCAAUGCAGUUGCCCGGCCAACGCCGCCGUCACCGCCGGCUGCUGCUCGCGGCACCGGGGCACGGCGCGGGUGACGGUGCUGGUGCAGGAGGGGCAGGGGUGGCAGGGGGACCUCUUUUCGGCCACCGACGCCUACGUCCGGGUGUUUUUGGGAGGCCGGCGGGCGCAGACGGCGCCGGUGUGGAACAACAACCACCCGAAAUGGCGGGCGCGGUUGGAUUUGGGGGUGCUCGACCUCGUCCCCGGCGCCCUCCUGAAGUUGGAGGUGUGGGACCGCGACAACGGGUGGGACGACGACCACCUGGGGACCUGCACGGAGCCCGUGGAGGCUGGGCGGACCCGCGAGGUCGUCUGCUUCGCCGGGAAAGGCCACCUCAAGUUCAGCUACCUGGCGGCGUGCGGACCAGCUUUGGGGGGGCCCCUCUGCCAGGACUACGUCCCGCAGCCCCCCCAGACAAACGGGGGCCUCUACCACCUCUCCCACUGGCCACCAAGGCCCGGUGAUGGCCCCGUGACUUGGCCCACCCAAGAGGAACAAGAGGACGAGGAAGAGGACGAAGGCGAGAGCCUCCACGGGGACUUUGGGGAGUCUCUGGGGGGCUCCUGGGACGAGGAUGAGUCGUGGGAGGACCUCGGUGAUGUGGAGGACGGAGAUGGGGAGGCCGCCGGUGGCCUCCCAGAGGCUCUGGCUGGUUUGAGGGAGGCUUCCGUGGAGGUCGAUUCCUCGCCUGGCCUCCAAGAUCUAUCUUCUGACCUCAAAAAGGCUUCUCCAGGCCUCCAGGAUUCCAAUUUUGGCCUCCAGGAGGAUCUUGCGGAGCUCCAGGAUCCAUCAUCGGGCCUUGAGGAGGAUCUCCUGGGCCUCCAAAAUCCCAAUUUUGGCCUCCAGGAGGAUCUCCUGGACCUCCAGCCUCCAUCUUCUGGCUCCGGAGAAGGUCCUCCAGCCCCCCAACUUGGUCCUCCAGCCCCCUAA